UCAUGCGAACUUCUAUCAUUCAGUCAGCACUGCUUUAAUUUCUAAAUCUGAAAGUAUAAAGUUAGCUCUCGGCUCAACAUUUGUACUAGCUAGCAAUGUCCGAAAUCAAGAGCAUAAUUUGGCCUAAAGUCAUUUUAUUUGGCGACUCAAUCACACAGUUUUCAUUCCGACCUAAUGGAUGGGGUUCCGAAAUUGCAAAUCAACUAGCCAGAAAAUGUGACGUUGUGAACAGAGGGUUGUCUGGCUACAACUCCAGGUGGGCAAAGAUUGUCUUGCCUUGCCUCAUCUCCAAGGAAAGUGCUUCAAGCAACCACAUAGCUGCUGUCACGGUCUUCUUUGGUGCCAACGACUGUGCUUUAGAAGAUAAGAACCCACAGCAGCACAUCCCAUUGCAGGAGUACUCCGAGAACCUGAAGGACAUUGUCAAACACAUAGUGUCUGUGGGUGUGUCUGCAGACAAGGUCAUCUUCAUCACUCCUCCACCUCUGCAUGAGCCAGCCUGGGAGAAGGAGUGUGUCCUGAAAGGUAGUGCUCUGAACCGUCUCAACUCUGUGGCUGGCCAGUAUGCCCAGGCCUGUGUGCAGGCUGCAGGUCAGUGUGGGGCAGACGUGCUGGACCUCUGGACUCUCAUGCAGAAAGAUGGACAGGACUUCACAAGCUACCUCUCAGACGGGCUCCAUCUCUCUGAGAAGGGGAACCAGUUUGUGUCACAGCAUCUGUGGACGCUGUUGAAGAGCAGGGUGGAGGAGUUGCCCUUCAUCCUGCCUUACUGGGGCGACGUAGACCCUAAACAGCCAGAGAGCGGUCUACUGUGACUGACGGCCCUCAGGUCCACCCUUCCACACAGUUAUGUCGGCUACGGUAAUGGGAUGACACUGAAAGGGGUUGGAAUCAGUCCUCGUUCCAUAAGACUGAAAUAAAUGUAACCAUGAUAGGACAUGUUUUAAAUGUUCUUUUUAAAUUUCUUGUUGCAACACAUUCUUUAUUUUUAGAAUGUGUGUUUCACUGUAAGCAAGAAGCCGGUUUCAAGUGGGCGUACACAUUUUAUUAAUCCAGGUCAUUCACGACAUCCUGAAAAUGAAACGGGACAGUCAGAAGACAGAGUCAAGGAGUUUCCCCUCGCAUCUCAGAGCUAAUACUAUGAUGUAGGCUUAUACUCAAGAUAUGUGGACAAUAGGCUAAUAUUAUAGCAAAGCUGCAGAACGCCCUCGGCCCAUAAGCAAACAUUUCAACAUAUACGCAAGUACUCAUCACCUAAUAUACAGGAAAUGGUGAAAAGAUUCUACAAGCUGAUAGGUAUUUAUUCAUCAUUGGCACAAGAAUAUUCCAAAGAGGGGCUUAGAAAUAUCAUUUCCCAUUAGGAAGCACAAUUUCCAUCUGGGGUGAUAUUGUGACAUUCCCAUUGCCUACAGUACAUACAGAAAUAAGGAGUGGUGGUCAAAAUGAGAAACAUUUAGGCUCAACUUCAGAAAUAAGGCACUAGUGUUGUGGAUAAAAAAAAUGUAAAUAAAUCAGAAGUUGGUCUACAAACAAUGUCUGAAUGCAAUGAA